AUGAGUCACAACAGUACUAUCGACCUCGACUGUACUAUCAAGAACAACUACGAUGAAGACCAACUCAAGCAGCAGCUAGAGAAACGUGCCAUUGAAGUUGGCUUGCAGCGAUUCCAGACCAUGGUAUUGCUACUCGCUUUCAGAGACGAGGAAACGUUAAAGUGGUUUUGGCACGACAAGCAACACCUUCCCGGAGCGGGACAGGCUAGACAAUCCCCGAAGGACAACGAUCUGGCGAAGUGGUUCCGCGACUAUUGUGCAACGUAUGCUAGGAAAGUUGGACAGGAUGACAAGAACGUCACCGUCGUCAAGGACGAUCAGGCAGACAUCUUCGUCGAAUGGGUCUGGAACAUCCGUACUGUGGCCAUAUUCUACAAACCGAGGGGAUGGCACGGGUCGUUUCUACCGAUGGGGAUGGAACGUCAUGGGGGAAUCUUCGAUCCAUCGUCUAAAGCGACCCCGGUGUGCUGUCGCAUGGCUUUGGACACCCUCCGCGCCUCUCUCAACGACUCGCCAGCUAGGUCAGGCGGUCUUUCAGUCAACCUUUCCUCAUCGACCUCUACAUCCCUAAGCGGAAUCACCUGGGAUCGCACUAGUGUCACAAUUGGUGAUCAUCCCUGGCGGUUCCAGCAAACGAUACAGUCGACUCCGGAUGGAGACACAACCGUGACUGCCAGCGUUCGGACCGAACCCAGAAUCUACACAUAUUUUAUCUAGGUUGAAGCGCGUUCAGGGUAUGGAGACGCAUUGUAGUGGUACAGAAAGUAGUUGAUGUACAGGCAGUAACAGGCAUGAAAAUCGUUUGCGCUUGGCUCAGCGGUCCGCUGGAAUUGAGCUCGAGGGCGAAAUGUGUUAAUCGAGGUCAGUAUUGAUGGUGCACUGAGUCCUCCUCUCUAGCUGCUGGUCACUGCUAUACGGUUAUUGGAGGUGAGG